UUCACGAGGAACAUUCGAGUAGAUCCAAAUGAUAAUUGGGCAAGAAGCAUCUACCGUCUGCUUCUAGUCGGAUUGGAGGAAGAUGGUAAAGCAGGGCUGGCACAAAUUCUCACCUUUCCGACAGUCAGCACCUUUGCGGCCCGGCGGGCAGUGUCUGGUGCAGGCACCAGUCACGGGAUCGCAGCCUUCAGAACAGUCUUCGCAUCGGCCAAUGCAGUCCUCGCCAUAGUAACCAAACGGACAGGAUCGGCUGCAGUCAAGCCCGUAGAAGCCGGGUUUGCAGAGACAUUCUCCCGUCUGGCAGGAAGACAAGCAAAAUGGAGGUAA